CCAGCCUUUUGUGCUUUUUGCUCUCUCCUUCAAUACACAAUACACCUCUUCAUCCCAGACUCCUCGACGAGUUGUCUCUGCUUUCUCCAUUUCGGGCUUCACGCGACCGUGGACGUGCUGCCAAUUUGCACUGACGACUGACGAUAAUACAUUUACUAGCUAGCGUCGGAGGUCUUCCUACACGUCAUUCUGUCUCACCCUGGCCAUCCCAUGACUGCGUCUGUGCAAUGAUAUCCGCUACGCGCAACUGGUUCAAGCGCAAUCGGACGAACUUUGCCAUCGGAGCGGGUGUGCUGGGUGCGGGCUAUCUGGCGACGCAAUAUGUCUUGUCCAAGAUCACCGAGGCGCGGCAUCGCAUGAGUGACGAGAGGAUAGCAAAGGAGAAUCUGCGUCGACGCUUCAGCCAGAAUCAGGAGGACUGCACAUUCACUGUGCUGGCUAUCCUUCCGACCGCGACCGAAAAUAUCCUACAGGCCCUGCCGGUCGAGGCUACGUUGGCUGAGUUGCAGAGGCAGAAGGCGGAGCGUUUAGCCAAGAGUGUGAAUUCUGUGACAGAGUCGGAUGCCACAUCUGCCGUACCUAGCAUUGCGGCCGAGACACAGACCGAUGGCGAAGGGAAGAGCAUAGGGGGCGAGAGCUUCGUCCAUGCAAGCCAGAUCGAAGCGAGUACCGCGUCUGUCGAGACGCCUGAGACUGCCACGUCCACGCAGCCGAAGAAGAGCAAGCUUCAGCUAUGGGAUGAUGUGAAGAUAAGCUCCAUCACGCGAGCCUUUACCCUCAUCUACACCCUGUCACUCCUUACCUUACUCACCCGGAUUCAGCUCAAUCUCCUCGGUCGUCGGACAUAUCUGGCGUCUGUUGUAUCCCUCGCAUCACCUCCGUCAUCUGCGGCUCCCAUCAACCUCGAGAAUCAUGACGACGAUAUGGAACAUUCCUAUGGAAAUGACUUCGAGACCAAUCGCAAAUACUUGAGCUUCAGCUGGUGGUUGCUCCAUCGCGGAUGCCGUGAGAUAUUGAACAAGGUCCAGACAGCUGUGAAGGAGACUUUCAGCACUGUGAGCCCUAGAGAGGACCUGACACUGGCCAAGUUGUCGCAAUUGACCCUUGAGGUGCGAAGAAAGGUCGAGGGGUCUACAGAGGAGGAGAGACGAUCGAAUAAAUGGUUGCCUUAUCUUCUGCCCUCACCUGGCCAAGAAGGAUAUGUCUUGCAAGAGUCAGGCAUGGCAGGUCCGGUUGAGUCCUCGCCAUCGACAAGACCCACAGAUGCCCCGUCGCUACGACGUCUUCUCGACGAAACAUCCGAUCUCAUCGACUCGCCUCCAUUCACGCAUGUGCUCACGCUUCUCCUAGACGCCGGCUUCUCCCAUCUAAUAGACAACAAACUCGCCCACCUCGCAUACAAACUGCCCCCUGUCUCCGCGUCCCUUGCACGUAUCCAAGAAAUCAUCAACCCCGAGGAUGCCAAAGCAAAGGUUGCCAACUCGCUCGCCGUCUUCUGCAGACAGGCGCACAGCAUUGGCGCAGGCGACAGCAACGAGUACCUGACCAAGAUUGAGGAAGUCAAGGACCUCGAGGCAUUUGCAGCGGUCGUCUACAGCAGUCACUUUGAGUUUGAAGCAAUCAGCCACGACGUUGUGCAGCAGGCCGCCAGCCUCACAGGUGUACAGGACAGCUACGUGGAUCUCGGCAUAAGCCGGCCUCCAACUGCCGAAGGCGAGCAGGCCGAGCUCGAGAAGAAAGUUGUUGAAUUUGAAGAGGCAUGGGGUAAGGCACUCAAUAAGGAGGACGGCAUCGCGUGAAUUUUGGGCGUGAUGGGCACAUGCAGCCUUUGUGUGACAUGGAAAUGAAAUUAAUUGAAUAUAAUGAUCACUGUCUCGGGGAGUCUACUAGGUACUCGUCAUCAUAGAUGUACGAGCAUAGAACACUACUAGGACUCGACCUCAAAGCCAGCAUAACCCUCUACUGGCAAAGCAUGAAUAUUCACCUUCGUUGCGAAGGAAAUGAUCCAGUCAGUCUUCAUUCAAUCAAUGAAUGAAUGAACCAAUCCAUC